GCAAACAUUUCUCAAGAGCAAAGAUCAUCAGUUAUGUAUUAAGGCAGAUCAUGUUACCUUCUGUAAACUAGCUUGUUGUUACCACUUCCCUCUGGACUGUUGAGAUAAAGAAAUCCCAUGGAAACAUACAAAGAGGAAAAACAAGUUCCCCAUUCUUGCAUUCAGAAAGGAGGCUUGGGAAGAGGACAGAGGAGUUUCUGCGCUUAAGGCUAAAAAGGCAGUAAAGACACCCGAAGACUCAGCAGUGGUUCUAAGCAAUUUCCACGUUAUUUAUCUUGUGCAGGAUGUCAACCCCCUAGAAACUGACAGUAUUAGUUGUACCCUUGCAUCUGCUGUUUAAACGAUGGUUUGGCUGUGAAUAAAGGAUGCAAAAAGUGGAGUGUGAAUUUUCUUUUGAGGUGGAGGAAGUAACGUACAUAGAAGAACAAUGUCCGAAUCUUCAGGGAACUGAACCAUGGAAAAACAGUUUGAAUCUGAUAGUAAAGAGUGACACGGGAAGCAUUGACUUCUCAUCCUGUGACACCUCAGCCCCAAAAGGCGCAGCAAAAAACAUGUGCCCUAACAGCAUCGCCAGAAGGCGGGGCGUUAGCGAUAACCCACACCUAUUGAAGAUUCCAUCCUUGGAGCAUGACGAUGGUGACAUCAUACCUUACCAAUUUAAUAGACAUGCUCCAGGAAGGAUUUCGACUUCUCCAACUCUGAGGAGGCUGAGAAGCAGUAGACCAUCAAUUGCUCAAGUGUUUCCACUCCAGGAUGGCUCAGAAAGCUCAAGAGUGGGCAAGCAGAUGCAGCAAAUGGACUCUUUUCUUCCUGUUUGUCAAAGUCAUCCAUCAUGUUCUCAGCAUUGCAAUUCCUCCUCAUACUCUGCACCAACUCCAAGAGAAAGCUCUACAUUGGUUGAACCCAUAUCACAACCUAAAGAUGAGUACAGUGAUGAUCAAACACUGGAGAACAAUGGGGACAACCACUCUUCUUUCCUCUCUGAAGGAGAACCCAAUUCUAAGGCAUGUGUUCAAGAACUAGAUCUACAUAAACCUCAUAGUCAAUACAACUCUGCAGAACGCAGGCAUAGCUCUGUGGUGGUGAGUUUGCCUGGACUUGAGAUGUUCCCAGGAGACCUGCUGAUAUCAGACAGUGCAGCAAAAUUCCUGUACCAUUCAGCAUCACUGCAAAAUUCAGAAUCCAAAAAGCCCUGGUGGCCAUUUGCUAAAAAAGGAAUGAGUAAAGACAAACAAAAACAAAUAUCAGACCUGGAAAGUUGUCUUUCUACUGUAACCAUCAAGAUGUCAGACUGUAGCGGCUAUGAAUUUCACUGCGUCAAGGAUAAAACGUGGCAGGAAAUCAUGGAGAUGCAUCAGCUUGAGCCAAGAGCCACUGGUGAUCAUUUAGACACAAAGACGAAAGAAGCAGUGUGGGAACUCUUCACAACUGAAUGCACAUACUUGCUUGAUCAUCUUCUGGUUCUCAAAAUGAUAUUUAUGGAUACAUUAAGGUACCUGCAAAGCAAGGAGUUCCUCGCCGAUGUAGACACUGGGCUGCUUUUUGCAAACUUGGAAGAACUGAAUCAGGUGAGCCUCAGUUUUGUGAGCAGUUUCUUUAGCGCUAUAGAGGAUCACUUUGUCCAACGUACAGCCUCCAUAGAUUUCACCUCUGUGCUCACAAAGAAUUUCCAAGGGAACUUGUGUCAGAGCCACCAGAUAUACUGCCUGAAUUACACCUCUGCUAUCUUUUACUUGGAGAAACUGAAAAAGAGGGAAGAUUUUGGGACCUAUUUGAAGUGGUGUGAACACAAUGAACAAUGCAAACGGCUCCAUCUGUCAGAAAUGCUUGUUGCACCGUUACACAAACUGACCCGCUAUCCCCUCCUCCUGGGGAAUAUCUGGAAAAAUACAGAGGCAGGAGAAAAAGCUGUCAUUGGUUCACUCAAGGACAAGGUGGAAAAAUCAAUACGGGAUUUGGAAGGGAAAGUGAAAUGGCUGGACAAUUUCCAAAAAUUUAAACAGCUUCAGGAAAUUAUAAUUUGGCCUACACUUUGGGAUCAAGACAAAAGAUUUUUUGUUCCCGAGUGUCUCAAGAACAUACUAAGGGGCAAUCCCAAUGAAAACAUCUUGUCACCUACAAAGAGAUCCCUUGUUCAUGAGGGGAGAUUAAUGCUUGCAGAACAUAUGAAACUUAAUGAUGCCUACCUCUUUCUAUUUGAUGAUUUGCUAUUGAUUACCAAACCGAGCCGGCAUAAAAAGAAAUAUGGGGGUUCUGAUUCGAGUUUAAUCCCUGUCUGCCCUGUCUUCACUCCUGAGUUGCAAUCUUUACUUGAGGAAGGCAGCUAUUGUACCGUGCUUGAUCAACCUAUUCCAUUAGACAGAAUGGUAGUAAAAAAUAUUGACUCAUUCCACGUAACAGUUUUUGGACUACGAAAUGCUUUUCUAAUACAGCAUGAAAAUAGGUAUCAACAGUGCAUAGCAGCCUUCUUGCUACAAGCACAGACUGAGUUUAUCAAGAAAACAUGGAUGUCACGGAUAGAAACUGCAAUCUCAAAUUAUGCAAAGAGAAAAAACUCCUUCCAAACUUCAUUUUUCAGUUUACCUGCUGAAUCAUCUGAAAUUUAGCUGUGGUCAGUUGGGAACUGAUGGGCAU